AUGGCAGGCAGCACAUCAACCGACAGUCUUCCACCGUUAGCGGUGGUAGGCUUCUCCUUCAAAUUUCCCGAUGAUGCAACUUCAUCAGAUGCCUUCUGGCAGAUGUUGCUCGAUGGCAGAUGUGUUUCGACUGAGUUCCCUACCGAUCGGAUGAACAUCGACGCCCACUACCAUCCCGAUCGCAACCGCCUCGACAGCAUCUCAAUGCGCGGCGGACACUUUCUCAAGGAAAGCCUGGCGACAUUUGACGCGCCAUUCUUCGCAAUGAGUGCUGCGGAAGCGGAAUCAAUGGAUCCCCAGCAACGUAUGGUCCUAGAGACUGUCUAUCGAGCCCUGGAAAACGCAGGUCUGCCAAUGGAGAAAGUCGCGGGUUCCAAGACCAGUGUGAUCGCAGGCUCAUUCAGCGAUGACUACUUCUUGCUGCAGACCAAAGACCCGCUAGAUAUGCCUAAAUACACGGCUGUGGGCACAUCACGGAAUAUGCUUGCUAAUCGAGUUAGCUGGUUCUUUGAUCUUCUAGGACCCAGCGUUGCGGUUGAUACUGCAUGUUCAAGCAGUUUGAUCGCCUUGGAUAUGACAUGCCAAUCGAUCUGGAGUGGAGACGCUGCUAUGGGCCUAGCAAUCGGGAGCAACGUGAUACUAACGCCAGAAUUAACCAUGAGCUUGGACAAUUUGGGACUGCUGUCGCGAGAUAGUCACAGCUACAGCUUUGAUAGCCGGGCAAAUGGAUAUGCAAGAGGCGAGGGAAUCGGUGUCAUUGUGAUCAAGCGACUCGAUAGUGCUAUACGUGAUGGAGACACUGUCAGAGCCCUUAUAAGGUCAUCUUCUUCGAACCAGGAUGGGAAAACACCCGGUAUCACGCAGCCUAGCAAAGACGCGCAGGUCCGCUUGAUUAGAGAUACGUACAAAAAGGCUGGGCUGGAUAUGUCAUUAACCCGGUAUUUCGAGGCCCAUGGCACAGGAACCCCCAUUGGUGACCCAAUCGAAACGAGAGCGAUAGGGACGGCUUUUCGGCAGUAUAGGUCCCCCGAGCAGCCAUUAUACGUUGGAUCUGUCAAAUCGAACAUAGGGCAUCUUGAAGGAGCUAGUGGUGUUGCUGGAGUCAUCAAAGUCAUUUUAGCAUUGGAGAGAGGCAUCAUUCCACCAAACAGCCGAAACCUGCAGUCACUUAAUCCAAAAAUUGACGAAGAGUUCCUCAAUUUAAAGGUGCUGCAAAAGGCCAUUCCGUGGCCCGAGAAUGGCCUACGCAGAGCUUCCGUGAGCUCGUUCGGCUUCGGCGGGUCAAAUUGCCAUGUCGUCCUGGACGAUGCAUACAAUUACCUUCGCCUUAUGGGUAUUGAAAACACCGGUCAUCAGACGGUGGUCGUACCUCCAUUACAUGCAGACAUUGGUCUAGUGGCUCAAGGGAAGCGUGGCUACACCAUGAAUGACCAAAGCUGCGAACUGACCGACGAUCAUACCAUUGGACAAAAGGAGAAUGAAUUUCUUGACGAGGAGGAAAACCACCAGCUUCUUGUGUGGUCAACCGCAGACGAAGACGGAAUCAAGCGACUUGUGGGAUCGUGGAAGCCAUUUCUAUCGGACAAGCGUGAGUUCUCAAGAAGCCAGCGACGUCAAUAUCUGCUCGACCUGGCAUACACCCUCGAUCAGCGCCGCAGUCACCUCCAAUGGCGGAGCUAUGCUAUUGGAGAUCCCUUGGGGGAUCUUGGGAGCCUCUCAGACAACUUUGCGCCUGCAAUCAAAUCUACCGACGACCCUCACAUAGCGUUCUUGUUUACUGGACAAGGAGCUCAAUGGCACGCAAUGGGUCGCGAGCUGCUACAUCGGUAUCCUAUAUUUGCAGACAGUCUCUCGGAGUCCGCGAAGUACCUGAAAACAAUAGGGUGUACCUGGGAUCUGCUAAGCGAGUUACAAAAGUCCGCAUCUGAUACCAACGUGAAUAACCCCGCUUAUGGCCAACCUAUAUCGACUGCUCUUCAGGUCGCCCUCGUCGAUCUGCUUGAGAGCUGGGGAGUUAUCCCGACGGCAGUUGUGGGACACUCAUCUGGAGAAAUUGCUGCUGCGUACUGCGCGGGGGGUCUCUCAAAGCAAUCCGCGUUGAAAGCUUCAUACUACCGAGGCAUUCUGGCGGCCAAACUUAAAGAGCUUAGUUCAAUAAAAGGUUCAAUGCUUGCGGUAGGACUAUCCAAGAAGGAUACCCAAGAAUAUAUCAACAGGAUCCAAGGCACGAGACUGGUCGUGGCCUGCAUCAACAGCCCUAGAAGCGUGACAGUGUCAGGCGACGCAGAGCAAAUUGACGCCCUGCAUGACCUGCUGCAGCAGGAUGAGGUCUUCUCACGCAAGUUGGUAGUCGACGUCGCGUAUCAUUCGUUCCAGAUGCGAGAAAUCGCAAACGAGUAUCAGUCUGCGAUGGGGACGUUGGAGAAGCCGAGUUGUGAGAAGAAGAAGGCUCCGGUCAUGCUGUCUUCUGUAACUGGAGACUGGGUCUCAAGUCUUGAGCUGACGGACCCUGCAUACUGGGUACGGAAUAUGGUGUCUCCAGUGUUGUUCUCCGAUGCUGUGAGCCGCAUCUGUUCUCCAGGAAAGCCGACCAGGAAAAUCGAUGGAAGCCAUCGCUAUCAAAUGGCAAUCAAUCAUCUCUUAGAGAUUGGGCCGCACGCAGCAUUGCAAGGCCCAUGCCGAGAUAUACUCAAGAGCAUCAGCAAGCAAGCCGAUAUCCUUUAUCUUUCACUUCUAGUACGGAAUAAAUCUGCUGUGAAGACCGCCUUGGACUGCGCAGGUCACUUGCAUUGCUACGGCUACCCAAUCAAUAUGGCACCGGUUAACACAACUGCCUAUGGUGGAACCAACCAAAGGCGAGUGCUCAGUAACCUUCCCGAAUACCCAUUCAACCAUUCUACAUCAUACUGGCGCGAGAGCCGAAAAAGCAAGGGCUACAGAUGCAGGAGAUUCGGCCGUCUGGACCUUGUCGGUAUCCCAGAUCCAGAUGGCAACCCAAUGGAAGCUACCUGGAGGAACAUCAUCCGAGUCUCUGAGUUGCCGUGGGUCCAAGAUCACAAGAUCAAUAAUACAAUUCUCUACCCGGCGGCAGGCAUGUUGGUCAUGGCGGUGGAGGCGAUCAAGCAGCUUGUUGAGCCAGACAAAGUCAUUGUGGGCUUCAAUAUCAAAGAUGUCGUGUUUUCAUCUGCAUUGCAUAUACCUAUACAUGCGGACGGCAUCGAGACAAAUAUACACAUGAAGCGCGUCAGAGAAGGCAAGGCAGAUAGUAGCGGCUGGUACGAAUUCCGGAUAUGUUCGUACGACAACAACACCUGGAUUGACAACUCCACUGGCUCUAUUCAAGCCGCAUUCGAAGCUGGCGAGAUGGGACUGAAUACCAACGGCCGAGUGGAGCGCGAGUGGCAGGAAGGUCUUGUGCAGUCAUAUCAGAAUGCAGCAUAUACAUGCGCAGAAUCCAUCGACGCAUCCCAGUACUACGAAGAUAUAUUUGCCUGUGGCUACCAUUAUGGACCGGACUUCAAGGCAAUUACAGCUCUCCGAUGCGAUGGAAAGCCCAAUGGCCAAUUUGUCUCGGAUGUCCGCACCUACAGGUGGGUGGAGGACGCGAGCUCAGCAGUUGCUCAGCCUCAUACGAUUCACCCUACCACAUUGGACGCCGUUAUCCACAUGAUGGCCGGUAUCGUGACGUACGGAAGCCAGAAAAAACCUGUGGCUGUUCCGACACGGAUUGACCAAGCAUGGAUAUCGAACAGCGGGUUGAGCCAUCCGACAGCGGAUAGUAUCAAGGUGCAUGCGAGUUCCCACAGGUCAGCCAUUGGGGACGCUCGGUAUUCAAUGACUGCGGUUGAUUGCGAAAUGACGCGUGCACUCUUGACCAUCAGCGGCCUUAGAGUCACAGCCCUGGAAAGCUCAGAGGGCGUUUCAGAAGAUGGUCAACUACAGACAGAGAACCUGUGUCACCAUAUAGAAUGGAAGCCUGACCUCGACUUGCUGGAGAACGAGGAAAUCCGAGCAUUUUGUGCAAGUGGGGAGUCAAUCAGCGAAGAACCAGUCCAGUACUUUACUGAAUUGGACUUCCUUGUUAUAACAUACGUUGACAAAGUCCUGAAGUCGAUCCCAGACGUCAAGAUCGAUCACCCUCCCCAUAUGAGGAGGUACGUCGAGUGGAUGGUAGAUCAACAAAGAGCACUAGAGUCAGGCCACUCUCCCUUUAGCUCUGAAACAUGGAGGAACCGCAUGAAGGACGAGAGCUUCGUUAACGACAUUCAUGCAAAACUCGAGAACAUGAACAAGAGAGGACUACUUGUGAGCACAGUCUGUAGGAACCUUCUCAAGUUCCUUAAAGGAGAAAUCGACCCCAUUGUUUUCCUAUUCGAAGGAAACUUACUUGAUGACUCUUAUUAUGAAAUGGUUCACUCUCUCCCACGUAUUCGUCAAUUCGCUCGGUUUUUGGAUGCGCUGGCGCACAAGAACCCACACAUGAAAAUCCUUGAAGUCGGUGCUGGAAGCGGCGCCAUGACUCAAUUCUGCCUUGAAGUCCUUUCUUCAAACUCGGAAAACGAUGUCACGGUGCCUCGCUAUGGACAUUGGGACUUUACGGAUAUAUCUGGGUCAUUCUUUCCGAAGGCACAGGACCUCUUUGCAUCUCAAGGCACGCGGAUGAGGUUCAAGACGCUUGAUAUCGAGCAGGAUCCUGGGCUGGAGGGCUUCGAAUGUGAAACGUAUGACAUGGUUGUUGCAUUUCUGGUCUUGCAUGCAACAAAAGAUCUGUCUGCGAGUCUGAAGAAUCGGGGAAAGCUUGUACUUGUCGAAAUCACUCGACCGGGUGCUAUCCGGACGACGUUUGUCUUUGGCUUGUUUGAAGGAUGGUGGCGAGGACUCGAGCCCUACCGCCAGAAGAAUCCAUGCGCGGACCCGGCUCAGUGGGAAAGACACUUGAAGAAAGCCGGAUUCUCAGGCUGCGAUGUCGUGAUCGACGACUAUAGCCACGAGGACUGUCAGGAGGCUAGUCUAAUUCUCUCGACUGCCGUUCAUGAUACGUCCGCGGUUGAAAAGUCGCCGAAGAUAAGUAUCAUCGUUGAUCCUGCUAACUAUGCGCAAGUAGAAUUGGCCGGUGAACUUGAAGCCCAGCUCGUGCGUGCGGGACUGGCCAAUAUAACGCAGACACCAGUGGAACAUUUCCUGACAAAAGAAGAUCUCACAAACAGUCUGGAUAUCACGGUUUUGGAAGGAUACAGUCCCUACCUGUACGAUAUAAACGAACAAGAGUUUAAGCGUCUUCAUAGCUUGCUGUCUUCUACGAGGAAUCUUAUCUGGGUAAAUGGUGGGGGCGGACAAAAACCAUGUCCCAAAUAUCGGCUCGUGGACGGACUGUUUCGAGUCCUUAGAGAGGAGAACCACAGAACAAGACUGACAAUCCUCUCCCUGGAGCAGAAGGCGUCGAUCAAGCACCAGGCACAACAGAUUGUCAAACUAGCGCUCUCUGCUGUGACUCAGGAGACUAGCAUCGACACAGAUUACACAGAGCUUGACGGCAUGCUUCACGUCGGCCGCCUGGUCCACGCCACUGGGGUCAAUCAGGAAAUCUCAGCGAAGAAGCUCCCUCAACAGAAAGCAUUACGACCUUUCGGUGCUGGGCCCCGGCUCAGACUUGAGAUAGGCUCUCCUGGUCUGUUGAACACUCUCCACUUCCUGGAGGACACUUCACAUCAGAAGCCACUCGGACCUACAGAAUUCGAGGUUGAAGUCAAGAGUGUCGGCCUUAAUUUCCGGGACGUGCUUAUUGCCCUGGGGCGACUGGACAGUGAGGCGCUGGGGGCUGAGUUUGCAGGGCUAGUUACAAAUGUUGGGUCCUCGUGCCGCAAGUUUCAACCAGGAGACAGGGUUUUGGCGUGUUAUCCCAGUCGUCAUGCAAACUAUGUCCGUCUAGAAGAAAACAUGGCCGUCAUAAGGAUUCCGGACACUAUGCUCUCCUUUUCGGAAGCCGCAGCUUUGCCAGUCGCGUAUGCCACAGCGUGGAUCGCGCUCAAUCAAAUCGCUCGACUUCAGCAAGGAGAAACAAUUCUGAUUCAUUCAGGUGCUGGAGGAACGGGACAAGCCGCCAUCCAAAUCGCUCAGCUCCUCGGUGCGAGCGUCUUCACGACUGUCUCCAAUCCGAAUAAAAAACGGUUCCUGGUAGAGAAGUACAACAUUCCCGAGAGCAAUAUCUUCUCGAGUCGAAACACGCUAUUCGCGAAAGGAAUCAAGCGCCUCACAAACAACAAAGGCGUGGAUGUGGUUCUCAAUUCGUUGUCUUCCGAGGGGCUUAUCGCCUCCUGGGAGUCGAUCGCACCGUACGGCCGGUUCAUCGAAAUCGGGAAGAACGAUAUCUUGUCCAACGCAAAGCUCCCGAUGUUGCAAUUCGAGCAGAAUAUAACUUUUGCUGCGGUUGAUCUGGCCGCGAUGACAAUGGAUCGCCCACACGUUGUGACAGCGGCAUUGGAAACUAUCUUGUCAUUGUUGAGAGAAGGGAAGAUGCCCCUUCCGGAUCCACUCCAAGUCUAUGGCAUAUCAGACAUUGAAGCUGCAUUCAGGCAUAUGCAGAGUGGCAAGAACUCAGGAAAGGCUGUUUUGGAGAUGAGAGAUACAGACGAGGUAAUGACCGUCCUGGAAACAAGACCAGAGUACCUCUUUAGUCCGGAUGAAACAUAUCUCAUCGCAGGUGGCCUAGGCGGCUUAGGGAGGAGCAUCGCUCGUUGGUUUGUUGAGAGGGGAGCUCGAAAUCUGAUUCUACUUUCACGAUCGGGGCCUCAGAACCCACAUGCUCACGACCUGGUCAGGGAGCUAGAAGCCAAAGGCGCAAGAGUUGCUACACCCGCGUGUGACAUUACCGACAGGGAAUGCCUGAAAGCCGUCUUGUACGAGUUUGGUCAGACAAUGCCUCCGAUCAAAGGAUGCGUCCAAGCAUCGAUGGUCGUUAGCGACGCUCAUUUCGAAGCUAUAUCUUUCGAAUCUUGGAAAGCUUCUACCACGCCUAAAGUCCAAGGCUCGUGGAAUUUACACGAGCUUCUUCCGAGAGGAAUGAAUUUUUUCGUGUUAAUGUCAUCUGUUGCUGGAAUAUACGGCGCACGAGGAGCAUCUGGUUACGCCGCUGGCAAUACGUUUGAAGACGGCCUAGCCCGGUACCGCAUUGCACUGGGCGAGAAAGCUGUGUCGUUUGACCUUGGGAUGUUUCUGUCCGUUGGUGUCUUAAAAGACAACUUGGCCCUUCGAGAAAAGACGUUGGCGAGUACUGUCUUCCAGCAGAUCACAGAGUCUGAGCUCCACGGGCUCCUGGAUAUCUACUGUAACCCAAGUCUGAACGAAAUUCCAUUGCUGAGAAGUCAGACGGUGGUUGGAAUGACACCAAAACUGCGGGAGAAAGGCAUGACAACCACGGAAUGGAUCAGGCGACCAUUCUACCAGCAUAUGACAUUGGUCGAAGGGACGGAUGCUGGCAUUCCCGGGAAGGCGGAGCAUACCAAUUUCGCUGCUCUGUUUGCAAACGCUGGAUCCGUAGCCGAUGUCACUACAGCAGUGACAGAACAGCUGAAAAACAAGCUCUCCAAGAUGCUCUCAUUACCGCUUGCUGAUAUAGACGUCGACAAACCCAUACACCAGUACGGAGUGGAUUCCCUGGCAGCAGUGGAACUGCGGAACUGGUUCUCGAGAGAACUCCGCGCAGACGUCGCCAUUUUCGACAUCCUCGGGGCGCGAACAUUGCCUCUGCGGUUGGACUCGCGGUACGGAAGAGUGACUACCGAAGAGCAGAAUGGGGAUCUUGACCGAGUUCGGUAG